AUGCGGAUAAUAAACCCCCAAGACGCAACCCUCACAAACAUCGAAGUCCUCUCCUACCUAACCGCCAAUCCCCCCCGGCGCCCCCCCACCGCACCCCCCGGCGUAAACCAAAAGCACUUCAUACCGAGCCCCGACCUCCGCGACCACAACACCGUCGUGAAAGAAAUCCACAACUAUGCCGCGCGCCUAGCGCCGCAUUUACUGCGGUACCCUACGUCCACGAUGUCGAAUGGCACGGCGCGCGGGAAGAAGGCGGAUAGUCAGGCGCUUGACGAUGCGCUCCGGGACCUUGUUACGCGGUUACAGCCGUAUGGGCUUACGAAGGGGGAGGUGCUGAUGAUUGUUAAUUUGGGUGUUGGGGUUCCGGCUGGUGAGGCGGUUGGGGGUGCUGAGGAGGGGGAUGUUGGUGAGGGGGAGAGGAUGGAUGUUGAUGAGGGGGGUGCUGGGGAGGUGGGCGAGGUUGCAGAGGGUGCUGAGCAAGUUGAUGGAGAGGCUGGGGCUGAAGGUGAGGGGGAGGGAGAAGAAGGCGGAGAAGGCGAGGCAGGUGACUACGGUGCGCUUGCGCUGAUUGAUACGAUUAUUGAAGAGCGAGAGCAACGACUGAGCGACGAAAAUGUGCUGGAGAUUCUGGCGAUCAUUCGGGAGACGAUUGGUGCUGCUGCGUCAUGA